UGGUGUUCCAACAUGGCGGCCCCCCUGCCGGGCAGAUGCGGCUUCUUCGUGCAGAAAAAGAAACGUUUCUGUAAAAUGAUCGUCGGGAAAGGAAAGCUGUUCUGCGGAGAGCACGCGACCAUGGAGGAAGGGAGCGGCAGGAGGAUCGCGUGUCCUCUGGACCCCAAACACACCGUGAGUGAAGACAAACUGGACAAACACCUGAAGAAGUGUAACUCCAGAGAGAAACCCAGACCUGUUUAUUUCGUGGAGGACAUAAACUCUGGACCAGCUGACGGAGAACAGACGCUCCAACAGGUGAGUCUGGCGGCGUGCAGCCGGGCGCAGCUCGAGACUCUAGUGGACAAACUGAAGGCGGCGGUUGCAGGUCUGUGCUGUGAUGUGGAGGACAGAGUUUUGUCUCACCCCGUCCUCCAGGAGGAACUCAACAACCCGAAGAACGGAGACUCCGCCCACAAACACCUGAAGCAACAGUCCUCUAUCCUAGGUCACCUGGAGGCGCUGAGGCUGCUGGGAAGGGGGCGGUGUUUCGUGGAGUUCGGAGCAGGUCGAGGGAAGCUGUCUCACUGGAUCCACGAAGCCCUGAAGACCCGGGACCGCCUGCAGACCUGCGACGACCUGCAGCUGCUGCUGGUGGAGCGCUGCAGCACCCGCUUCAAGGUGGACGGGAAACACCAGGAGGUUGGAGUUGAGUUUGAGAGGCUGCAGGUCGACAUUCAGCAUCUGGAUUUAAGUCGGGUCCCUCUGCUCAGACCGAAGAAGCUCCCGUUGGUUGGAGUCGGGAAACACCUGUGUGGAGCGGCCACAGAUUUGGCUCUGCGCUGUUUGUUGGAAACACCUAGACCCAGAAAGGAGACCGGACCGCCCCCAAAACGCCUCAAAACCUCAGAACCAGACGGGAAUUCAGGACCAGCUGAUUCAGCAGCACUGCCAGACCCUGGUCCCGGUGCAGACUCUGGUCCUGGUCCGAUACUGGGCCUGGCGGUGGCACUGUGCUGCCACCAUCGCUGUGAGUGGCGUCACUACGUGGGUCAGCAGUUCUUCCUACAGCGAGGACUCGGAGCUAGAGAGUUCUCCGCUUUCUGUCGGAUGUCCAGCUGGGCCACAUGUGGACUCAGGCCGACCAAUCAGGACCGUCCGCCUCAGGAUCCGACCAAUCAGAGAGGAGAUGACGAAGAGCACGAACCAGCAGAGGAGACGGAUGCUGUGACCGGGUUCCUGUCGGCAGCUGAACGCGAGCAGCUGGGUCGUCUCUGUAAGCGUCUGAUUGACAGCGGCAGACUGGACUUCCUGAAGAAGAAAGGGUUUGACGGUAGACUGAGCGCCUACGUGAAGUCUCAGGUGACUCUGGAGAACGUCCUGCUGACCGCCGUCCCCUCGUCUCCGUCCUGAAGGUCCAGAGACUGACCGCAGAACUAAUGACACGAACUCCCACUGAGGUUCUACAACUGUUUUUAUUUCAGACUCAAAGGUUCUGUUUGCAUUAAAGGAGUCCCGCUGGUGAUUGGCUGCUUUCACAUGUUUCAGUCUGUAAGAAGUUCUCCAGGGAACAGCUGGAGAACCCUCCGCAGUGCCUCAGCCUCAUCUUCUUCUUCACUGAUUCAGAGCAGGAAAAGCCCAGAAGAAGAAACUCAGACAAGAUUUCAGCUGUCGUUCACGUCUGAAACAAAGAAACGUGUUUCCUUCAUUUUGGUAAUAAAUAUGUUAAAGAUUA